AUGAUCAAUAGGGAAAAUAAACGAAGAAUAUUUUCUCGAUGGGCAAAAAAUUAUAGCGUACUUCUUGUUUGGAUCGGACUGAUAUGUUCAUCCAUCUUUCUAUCCGAGAAGGGUUCGGGACUAACGCGUACAUCAUCAGCACACACACCGACUCGGCGACCCAGUACCCAGCAGCGGUUACCGCGCACAUGGUGGCUCUUAUCAGCUAUUAAAAUACGCCGACGAGACGCCUCUCAAUUUGAGACAAGGUUCAGUGGCAAAUAUUACAUUCGGCGAGCAUUGCAGGGACGAGUGAAGCACGACAGAUUUCACAUUCAUGUGUGA